GGAUUGAGUUCCGGUCCUGCGUAAACAUUUCCUUUUUCUUUUCAUUUGUUGCGUUUGUCUCGUUUGUUUGGUUCUCAUGGCGAACGCCUUGGGACGAUUAACGCAGCCGAGCGCCGUUGCUGUCUAAAAGAACGCAUGCCAGCUGUGUCCACGCCAGUAUUACAUUCCUGCCUCUCUCUGAUCGCGGUUGUGCUUCGCGGUGUGGAAAACGUCGCGAGCUGCUGCAUCGUCCGUAGUGGUGUCGUCGUGACGAAGUGUUGUGUUGUGGAUUGACCCCGCGCUACCACGAAGGAGGGGGCAUGGGCAAAGCCAGCCGUAGAUGAUGCGAGCUGAAGCAUGUGUGAGCAGACCCGGGUGCUGCCAGAGUUUGCGGGCAGCCAGGCAAGCGGGCGCCGCGUUGACCCGCUGGACAAGAGCAGCAGCUUGUGGUGGCGGCUGACUGGCCCCAGCCGACACGCAGCUACACGCCAAGCCAGCACUGCAGAGGGAGUCUACGCAUCUAUCAAACCACUGGCCAAAAGCCUGCCUCAUGUUGACAAGCCUGCACCUCAGGAGGUGUCCGGUGAGCGUCCGGGGAUCCAGUCUAACGUGCGGCAACGACAGCGGUCAUUAAACGCAUCCCUGAACCAUGCAGACGACCAGUGGCAAUCGCGUAGCCUGAAUGCUUCGCCCAGUGAUACCUUGGACUCGCCUGCAGAUGCAACGAGUCCCAUCUCGCGCUCGUGCGAGUCCUUGGAUGAGCCCGAGAUUGACUACUCGGACAACGAGGAGGCCUCCAGCACCGACGCAGCCAAAGAUACCGCCUUCACUGAGCCGUCGACCCACCACUUCAGGCGUGAAAGGGAGACGCCAAUCUAUGCCAACUUUCCACCGCUGCCUUGCCCUCCAAGCCCACCACAUCCGUCACCUGACGAGCAACCGCUGCGUUUUUUGAGCGACCACUGGGCUGAAUUUGAUGCUCGUGGUGUUGGCCGGAAGUUCUAUUACAAUUUUCACACCGGACAGCGCUCGUGGAAGCCUCCCAGGCGCCGAGGGGAGCUACCUGCCACUCAUGAACGAGAUCAUGCCAAUGUAGCUCCACAGUCGGUCUCGCCGCGGAUUUCUCAACGCAAGGGCCCCCCACCCCUUCCACCGGCCAAAAAGAAGCCACCCAUCCAAAGCAAUCCACUGUCCUCGAGCCAAGACAGUUUGCUGUCGUCCAGCCGAGACAGCUUGUUGUCCUCCAGUCGAGAGGACCUUCUGUCCAGCAGCCGAGAUAGCCUGUCGCAGUCCUCUUCAACUGGCCGUAGCCUGUCCUCCUGUAAACCAUCCGGUUCUUCUUCCCUUCCACGAGAGAGCACUAGCGAGGAGUCCGUGCAGCAAAAUGGCAACAGCAAGUUCUAUUUUGCUCGUGGCAGUCGACUGGCGAUGGCUUACCAGUCAGCCGCAGAUAGGUGGUACAGCUCAGCAGAGGAUCCCAGCCAGGUGACUGGUGAUAGGCCCCGUCUGCAUCCAAGCAGUUCCAUAGAGGAGGAAACCGAUUCUCUCUCGGAGAGUCCAGUCGCCAUGGGAGCGCAGAGCACCUGUGGCCGAGAACAGCAGUGGUGCACGUGGCAGCCAUUACCCAGGCAUUCCGCCGACGUUGACGCCAAAGCUGAACCGUUUGAAGCCCACGCCUCCACCGGUGCUACCCCUAUCCUCAUCCCUGUCCGAGGCAAAGCAUGCCAGGGCCAUGAGGACCCGUUCCAUGAUUUUUUGGUGACGCGCCAGGGUACCCUGAACAAGACGGAGUUGGUCCGAGCAGGCAAAAAGCAGAAGAAAAGCUGGUCGCCUGCAUAUGUGGUGCUCACCAAUCGGAACCUGUUUCUCUACAAAGACAUAAAUACAGCUCAAGAGAAACCGGCCGGAAAAAGUUCUGAACUUCAGAUAAACCUGGCUGGAGCUGUCAUAGACUGGUGCCCUGACAAGUCUAAACGACGGAAUGUCUUUCAGCUGAGUACUACAGCUGGACAAAAGGUGCUCCUUCAAGAUGACAAUGUCCAAACAAGCAAGGAAUGGUUUGAUACCAUCAGUGCAGCUAUCAAAAGACUGCCCAAUGGCCUGGGCCUUGUUAUGGGCUGGCAGCCAGAACAGCCUCCCGCUCCACCUCCACCUCCCGAGGAAACUGCACCUCCAUCUUCCUCCAGUUUUGCAUCGCGGCGCAGCAAGAAGGCUAGCCGAGCCAAGUCCAUUCGCCAGCCGGCAUCUCCACCUGGCCCAGCUUCUGAUGCUGCACAGGUGCAGCAGCAGCUGCAGCAGCAGCAGCAGCAACAGCAGUCCCAAACUUCUGGAGUGAUAGAAUCCUGCGGAAGCCAGAGCCCACAGGAACGGAAGAACCGGAUCCGAAACAAGCUUCGGCAGUUCUUUGUCCGAAGGCCAACGCUGGAGAGUCUCCAGGAGAAAGGCAUCUUCAAGGACGAGCCUGUGUUUGGUUGCACACUGGCACACUUGUGUGAGAAGGACCGGUCGAGCGUACCCCGGUUUGUCCAGGAAUGCAUCCUCGAGAUCGAGAGGAGAGACAUGACGGCUGAUGGUCUCUAUCGUGCCAGUGGCAACCUCUCACAAGUGCAGAAGGUGCGAUGCCAUGUCAAUCAAGAUGACUACAGUGUCCUAGCACAAGAGGAAGACAUCCAUGUGCUGACGGGAGCACUGAAGAUGUUCUUCCGGCACAUGAAAGAGCCCCUCUUCCCCUACAACCUGUUCACCAAGUUCCUCAAGGCAAUUGGCCAGCCUACAAGAACGACUAAGCUGGCCAUGUUUCGAGAUCUCCUGUCUGAGCUGCCAAGGCCAAACUAUGACACACUCAAGUACCUGCUUAGGCAUCUCCUUAGGGUGACGGAGCACAGCGACAAGAACCGCAUGCACAUCCAAAACCUGGCCAUCGUGUUUGGGCCAACACUACUGUCAUCAGGCGAGGAGCCCCGAAACCUGGCACUGGACAUGAUGCAACAGAACCAGGUCAUCGAGUUCCUCCUGCUGGAGUUCAACUUCCUGUUCCCCUGAACACCGCUUUUCUUCAACCUCCCAAAGAGCGGGGAAAUGAACCCCUGCAGUUUUCAGUUCCUACUACUACCGUGGCACUGCUGCGUUGUGACACAGAGCACCCACAAAAAGGUUGUUCAGAAUUCCACUCACACCAUGCAAGAGAAAAGGAGAGUGUUGCGUCUCUUUUAUGCCCCGUCACAUGUCCUUUCCCUCGUUUAUUUCUGGCCAGUCCUCUUUUGCGAACGGCGUCUCCUGCCUUCUGUUGUUGGACGAGUGACAACAGAGGAGUUCCACGCUCAUCCAGAAGGUCGACUUGCCAAAACACAGCUCGAAGAAGUUGCAGACAUUGUGCUCACGCUGUGCCCAAUAAACGGGACAUUGGGUCACGCCCGCACGUGUUUCCAGAUGGUGUGGCUCUGAGUCGUUGCUACAAGACUGUGCUUUGGCCGUUCCGGAAGCACACCCAUCGUCCAUCUACCAUUACAGCCACAGUGUUGCCAUCCCUGCCUGGCUUGCCACCGAGUUUUACCAUGAAACUGGUCUAGUAGAUAACCGUGUUUGAAAUAAUUACGUAGGCCCAAGGUUAAUUCUCUGGGCGUUCAUUUAAGCUAGAUUAGAUCAAGUGUUAUCAUUCCAAGUGCCCAAACUCACCUGUAGUAGAUCACUAAUAGUAUUUGUCCUCUUUUUAUUAUCGCUAUUAUUAGUGUUUUUUUUUAAUCUUGAUGUAGUCGCAGCAGUGUUCGAAAGAGAGUGGCAGCUCUUGCUGCUCAGCUCGAAUGGAAUUCUUGGUUCUGGAAACAUGGUUAUAAUGCUACAGUGGAUUUGCCCUCAUGAAGAAUACACUGCCCAUGUGAAAUGUAGCCAGGAGAAGGUGAGCCAACGGAAGUGGCUAGUGUGCCUAGAGAAGCGUUUAAUAUGCAAGUUAGAGACAUCUGUCAUAUAGCAGCCCAUAUUUAGAUAUUUAGCAAAGAAGUUGUGUGCAGUUUCACAAAGUCUAUGCCCUAAUGAUAUAAGAAAUGUCAGUUGACAUGCACAUUCAUGUUGAGCCAGCUGUCGCGUUAGCAACUGCAGUAACUGUGUACAGAAACUCAUGUUCAUUUUUGCUAGAGAGACUAGUGGGCUCUUCGUUUUAGCUCAAUAAGCAUACUGCGGCAAGCAUUUUGUGUGUCACCUUGAGGCAGUACAUUAUGUUGCAUUCAAGUGCACUCAGUUAUAAGGUUGUUUCUAUCUAUGUAUUCACCCAUGUUAUAUGUUUGUGGUUAAUUAGCAGUGUUGGGAAAAUUAGGUUGGGGGUCAGCUGCGCACUUAAAAGUGGCAAUGCGACUAGAAUUCCAAGUUUCUGUUGCACCUCCCCACGCACCAUAAUCUUCGUGCUUGAUCGUUAAGCUGGUUUGUUCCAGACCCUGCUGUUCAAAAGAGUGUGCACAAAAUCACCAGAAAGUUGUAUCUGUGGUGUAGUGGUAAUAACCUUAAGCAAGUCACGAUGCACUGUACAAAGUGGAGGACACUCGUCUCUUUUUAAGAUAUUCUUCCUUUUUUGUUAGAGGUACAAAUAUCGCGUGCUCACGGUGCAGCGCUUGUAAUUUAUCUUCCUUAAGUUGUGAACACGGGAGUACCAUGAACAUUGCAAGGUGCUGGUCGGCAUGAAACCAGCUGCUGUGUCCUUUUAGUUCUGUCUCGUGAGGGAGACCGUUGUUUGUAAAUGUGUGACACCACAAUCAGCAAUCUUGGGGCACCUUUGAGCAUCAAAUAACUAGAAGGUCUGGCACACCUGUUAGGAGGUAUUUGUAGUUUAGUUUGAUAUUUGUUGCUUCGAGGGAAUGUUUGAAAAUUGCGUGUGUAACAUCAUGGUUCAUGAGGCAUGCAGAUGUGGUUGCUAAUCCUGUGAUAUUUUUAUGACAGUAUUACAGCCCGUUGAAAAAGGCAAAUCAGUGAUGCCUCUCUUGUGCGUGUACAAUUUGGGCUUUAACAAAGGCAUGCCAUUGAUUGUGAAUAGAAAAGCACGUAUCAGGUUUAUUUAUUGACAUUCCUCACAGUAUGCUCUGUGCCUUAUGAGAAAAAUCAAUGAUAUGCAGUUUUUGAACAUGUUUCAAGUUUGCCAUUGUGUUGUUGAAUUUAGAGAGCACUAUAAAUUAAUAGCAAAUAAAGUUGAUUUUUUGAGUCACACAUGAA